AUGCUACGUCGAACGCGUUUUAUUUGUGUGGGCGCGAAGCACUUCUUUAGAACAGAUGGCCAACCGUAUCAACCGUACACAAUAAAGUCGCUCUUCCUUUUUGGCUUUAUUGCCUCUACGGCAUUCCUUUCUGUUUUCACCGUGAAGGAAACGAAAAAGGCUGGGCCACUGGAGCUUCCCGAUGAGCUUGAGGACGAGCGGCGCCGGAGGAAUGACCCUCGACGACCACCCUGGCCGCUGCUGCAUCAACGCAGUGUUCUUUUGCGAGAGGGGAAGGCACCACACGACGACCUUCUACUUCUGUGGGAACAAACACGCCAUUAUUAUCCUGCAGACUGGCUCGUGCCUCUAGAGAUAACACAGGUAUUGAAGUACACAAGCGGGGCAUACCUGCAAAAUUAUGUACCGGAUCCCGACCAGUUGCGUAAGGAGGUACUGAUGCAACUGUUGAAUAUUCAGUAUGGACGGGUGAGGGACCCAAAUGGGGGUAGACUCAACCGAGAUGUGAAGGAAAUUAUCGCAAUGGCAAUUGAGGAUUUGGAGAACAUGGACCUCAGUCCCGGCACAGAACCGGCGCUAGUGCCGACGCACACCUAA